AUGAGAUACAGCCCACUAACAGAUAGACAGACGGACAGCCGAGGCUUCGUAAUAGGGUGUGAAAGAGUUCUUUCUCUUGAAAAUAUUACAAAUGAAACACGGAAGGGCCUUUAUUCAAUUUUAAAUGUUAAAUGUAAUGAAUGUAAUAUUGAAACUAUAGUACCUACGGACAAAGUUCAUGCAACAAAAAGUGAAGUUACGCAUUCAGAUGUCAACACUAAAGCAGUUCUAGAACAAGAAAAUGGCUUCAAAACGUUAGAAAGAAGAUUUGAUAUAGGAAGAAAAAUAUCUGAAUUACCAUUAUUGAGUUUGCACUCAACAUUUUUAACUAAUAAUAAAAUAAAAAUCAAACAACAUUUCUGUUACAAACAAAAAUCUGAAAAAUUAACCUUACAAGAUACAAAAACAAUGAACGUUUAUUAUUAUUUCCAUUACUCUGACUGCCUUCCACAGAACCGUCUUUAG